AUGUACAAAAGUGAUUUUGUUAAUUCUACUCUCACAUGUCCCACUCAAGCUCCCUUUCUUCUUGUUCUUUCCAAACUUGUCUGUUUAUCUACAUCUGUCCUUACCUUGCCAUCUGCCUCCUCCACAAUUGUUCAGCCACCAUUCACAUUGCAAGUAUUUGUGUAUUCUUCUGAAACUACCAGAAUUCCUAUCUUAGGCAAUGAACCUCUCCCACCUACAUCCUUCCCACUUUCAACUUGCGUCCAUUAUCAAAACGCUGCUGCCUCUCCAUUCUUUGUCAACAAUCAGAUUAUAAAGUUGAAAUUAAUCAAUAUUCUUGGCCAAGUGUACUAUAGCAAUAAUGGCACCACUGGCCGCAGAUCAUAUGUCCAAUCAUUGUUUCUUGACAGUAAUAGAAGUACAGAAACAACCUUCACUUGUCAAAUCAAGUAUAUCUUCAUUCAUUCAUUUACUCCUCCUCCAACGUCUCCCUACUAUGAAGCCAAUUCCACUUAUCAUGAUCAACAUGUAUUUGCGUUUGUCAACUGGCUUCCUUUACUUGGAGAUAAAUCACGAGAGAAAGAUGGAGUUGAUAUUUGUGGUUCAACACCUUCGCCAUCGAACUAUCAUUCAAUUUUGUCUGUACAUAGAAUCUCUUUAGAAUUAGCAAUUGCUAAUCAUACAACAGGACUUGUCUAA